GUGCGUAUGGCGGGUCACGUGCCUUCUUGAAUGUCUCGGACCACGUGCAAGUGUUUCUGUGUGGUGCUCAUUGCUUUUCUCCUGCCCGUCUUUGUUUUGCAUUUGCCACCGGCAGGUAAAUCUGGUGCGCCGACCUCUGCUCAAAAUAAAUGGUACGGCAGGUCUAAGACUUACAACAACAAACCGUGGGCUCUUGACUGGGUAGGCGGUUUGCGUAAACUGGGGUGUGGGGCUGUUAUCUUCUUGAGCGAUGACAAUGGCGCCACUUGGUACUGUUGUGGGGGUGUGAAGAAAUCCGAGGCGGGCAGGAAGACCUACGAAGGGAGGACGUUUAGGACCUUCUUCCUCACGUCCGUCUUCGACAGCGCUGGGACGGACUGGGUCAAGGAAGACAAGAAGGUCUCCCUUGACCUGCGUCUCUUACAGGGAUACGGCGUCAAGGCUUUCUCCAUGAAAGCGUUUGACGUGCGUGGGGACGGAACUGAAUUCCGGAUGCUUUCUCCGGAAGAAUUUCUCAGCAAAACAAAUGUCAACCGCGUCACUGGCUGCCUUCCGGUUGUCGACAGUUCUUUCCGGAUGAGCAAACCUUUGGUCCAAUUCAACAGUCCGAUGGACCUGCUGUCAGGUGUGGUUAAGCGGUACAGGGAAGACUUCUCGAAGCUGCCGCCUGAUCAGCAAACGGACUGUGUUUUUUUGCCCUUCGAGGCGGGUUCCAAGAGCAGCCGACAAACGCCAUCCGCGACGACAGGGAAGACAAAGCAGUUGCCGGGUGGGCCGUCGGGCGCGAAUCUUCCCUCGCCCUCCGUGAGGGGAGGCCGUGAUUUGGCUCAAGGUUCAAGCGAGGCAACGGAGUUUGAUGACAGGCUUAUGCACCAGCGCAAUGUUGGCCGUGAGAAUUCCCAGGGCAGUGCAAUUGCCCUGGACGAGGACAACGACGAGGACGAGGAAGGAGGAAGUGCUGACCCGCAUGACGACGGCGGUAAUGAAGCAGAUGUGGAAGUUGGGGAUGACAACAUGGAGGACCAGGGUGGGCUUACUGACGAGGACGCCGGCACGCCAAUGCAUGGCCAUGACAUCUCCCCCGCCGGCGCUGUGGGAGCCGCUAUUGGUCAGCCCUCGACGUCCCGUGGAAUUUCGCUAUCGCAAAGCAGGAGUAAGGGUGGGCACGACUCACAUGCAAUGCAAGGACCGAAGGCGAGGAAAAGAACAAGGGAGACUUCUCCGUCUGCUUCUACUCACAAGAGGCAAGCCAGAACUGACGCUGUUAAUGAGGCUCGUGGAGCUUUGACAGCGUUCCAAGAGGCGCGGCCUCCUCGGAAGAACAGUCAAGGGGGGCGAUCUGGGGGUCAAGGCGGUGGCCGUGGGGGCGGUGGCCGUGGAGGGGCGCGGAAAGGCUUCCAGAGGGUGAGACCACAAGAGCUGUGGGACUCGGGGGAUGAGGGCGAGGGAGUGGAUCCUCGCAUGCCCGAAGAUGCUGAUGAGCCGGUUCAGCGCGUCGCGCCCAUCGACACUACGCGUUGUUUCUUCCUCGAAUACGACGACCAAGGCUUUGCUACGCAAGACGUCCAUGCUCUUCACGUGGACGUCAUGAGAAUCAAACGCAUUCCCCGCGGAAGGAUUCUUUUCAACCACCGCUCGUUGUCUGAAAACAUUGUGCGAGGCAUCGAGAAUGUCAUCGAAAGCUCCAUCAGCACGGACCCGGGGGCGUGGGAUAGGCCCGAGCUCGUGCUUGCGCCAGUUGACCGCAAUGACACUGUCGGCGGCCAGGGAAGACGGAUCACGCCGACCGAAUUCUUGGAAAGGGAUCCGACAGAGUUCGACUGGGACAUGUUCCACAAGUUGGGACGCAAGAGACUGAAGGUGUGGGAAUACCUGUUCCGCGAUGCGCCACAAGGACGGCUUGACGGGAAUUGCAUCUACAGAAAAGCAAAGGUGACAGAGACCCUGAAACAUUAUCACGGUGCUCUUACUGGCGCCUUUGAGACUUUUGUCGCUCGAUGCGAGAUCCUGAAGUUCGAUCUUCAUAAAGACAAUCUGAUGUCCAAGGACUACGCUGACCUCGCGAAAUCGGGUGAUGGCUUUAACCCCGUCGACAGCGAGGAAGAUUCUUCGGGGUCCGACCUCGAAUUCGGCGAUGGCAAGGGUGGUGAAGGUCCGGGCGGUGGCAUGGUGCGGUCACACGAUGAAGGGACCGUUUGCUCGCAUGAAAGACCCGUACAGGUGGCCGCCCCCAGUGUUGGCUCGAUGGUGGCCCCCAUGGAGGGCACCGGUUUGCCAAACAUGGGAAUAUGUGGUCCCAAGGAUGAAGAUGAUAUUGAUAUGCCAGGCGAGGCGUCGAAGCUCGCACCGGGCGAUCCAAUUCCUCCCGGCUAUUGUGCUGAUCCGACCACAAUUAAUUUAUUGGGGGGCAAACACGCCCGCACUGGUGAGGACAAGUGGGGCCAUGACAUCGUGUGGCAUGAGGGCAUUUUUGAGCCCUGCAUCCAAGAUGGGGAGUGGAAGAUGGCGGUCAAAUACACACGCGGAUGGCAGACGUUUCGCCGGAUGUCAAGAGACACAUGGCUGAAAACGACAGAACUCUCGAUUAUGUACCGCGUGCAAAAGGAGAAUCCGGGGAAGAACGAGGGCGCUGUCAAAGACAAGGCCAAAGAAUUGUUUUCUGUAUUGCGAGACAAUCAACAGUUGGAGUACAGUUGGAAAUUUUACUCCCUGCGAACGAGUCCGUCAUGUGGGUCAAUCAACUGGAAGGUCAAUCAAACUAUCGGAACCAUGGAAGAGAGCAGCUCUCAGGAUGCCGUGCCUUUGUCGGCAUCGCCCCCCGUACCCACGCAGGCAGGGCAGAGGGAGGAUGACGGGAGUAAUGUGGUGAAGACUCAAGAGGUUCACAUGACGUCUAUGCCGCAAAUCUCGGUCGACACGACAGAACCGUCCAAACGCAUGGAUGUGUCAAAUGCAUUGUCGUCAGAUGCAGGUGCCACUUACGGGAGUUUAUUACUGACAUCCGCCGCAUUAGAAGGCACAUCCGAAAUGCAGUCAGAGUCAGGUGUUGCCCUGAGCGUGCCGGGCAGUCAGUUGCAACCGGAGUUAUGCACAGACAAAGGUGAUGCACGAGUACAUCUGACACCACAGGGAGGGGCCGUUGCGGAUGGUGGGAAGGGAGAGGAUGUGGAGGGAAUCCUCCAUCCUCACAAUCUUGAGACCUUAACCGAUGAUUUCGAUUAUGGGGGUGAGGGUGGAAAUGACGUGGUCAAUACGAGGGGAGUGUGAAAUGAUCGUGCAAAUGGCAACAAUUGAUACAAGACUGUGCAAAAGAGGAUGGACAAUGCAUCUCGCAACUUCGUCUUUAUCAAAGAGGGAGACGGCAGCCUUGACGAGU